AUGAUGAUUGCGGAAGGGCUGGCGGUGCGGCCGUCCAGGCUGCCGAACGCCGGUGAUGGGCUUUUCGCGACCAAGCCGUUCACCCCGGGGGACGCCGUUUGCGUGUACACAGGCGACAUCCUUACGACAAGCGAGGCACUUCAUGUGGCGAAUAAGUCCUACCUCAUGCGCCUGGGGCAGGGCGUCUAUGUUGACGCCCGCUCCCGACCCAACGUCGCCGCCCGCUACAUCAACGACUGCCGCAGCCGUGGAGUCCACAACGUCGUAUUUGAGAAGGACCCUGCGCUGUGUCAGGCCAUUGUGCGGGCCACGCGCCCCAUCGCUGUUGACGACGAGAUUUACGUCGAUUACGGCACGUGGUACUGGCUUGCCUACAACAUGGCUCACAAGGCCAGUCGGAUCAAAUAA